AUGUCAGAAAAUGCUGUGAGAAGAAAACUAGUAAUAAUUGGUGAUGGUGCUUGUGGCAAGACCUCACUCCUAUAUGUCUUUACCCUAGGCAAGUUUCCUCAGGAAUAUCACCCGACGGUUUUCGAAAAUUACGUGACAGAUUGUCGAGUAGAUGGUAUUAAAGUGACACUAGCACUAUGGGACACAGCGGGACAAGAAGAAUACGAACGUUUGCGACCUUUUUCUUACUCGAAAGCCAACAUAAUACUGAUAGGAUUCGCAGUAGACGAUCCAGAUUCGCUACUCAAUGCACGCACAAAAUGGACGGAAGAGGCACUACGCUACUGUCCAGAUUCACCAAUCAUCCUUGUCGGCCUUAAGAGCGAUCUGCGCCAGACUGGCAACGCUACACGAUUCGUGCGGCGAGAAGAAGCCGAAAAAGUCGCCCAGGCCAUAGGCGCAAAACGUUACAUGGAGUGCAGUGCCCUUGAUGGGACAGGAGUCGACGACGUUUUUGAAGUGGCCACGAGAAACAGUCUGCUGGUGAAUAAAGACCCCGGCCGAGGUUGUUGUUUGGUAUCCUGA